AUGGCACAUGACGGCAGCAACCUGUUCCAGAUCCGGCGCAUCUUUGGCUUUUCGUCUUCCGCCGUGCCGUCAGGUGAUUCAGUCUCAGCGCUUAAUAUCGCUGCGAUGGCCGUGCAUACAUCAGAAACGAAUCAAUUAUUAGCACUCGCCAUAGUUGAGGAAGUUCCUGAGCCUAUGCCUCACGCGAAAGGCGACAGUGCCUUGGCAUCUAAGGUUCCUGCGGACGCAAAAACCAACUUUUUAUUGGUUCGGACAAUUGAAGAAGAUCGACGCACUCGCUUCUGGCGAUUUCCAGUGUGUUCCACACCUAAGCAGCAGAAAGCAGGCAAGGCGGAGCGACUUUUUGCCUUGGAGUUCAGUCCUGAGGGUGAUUGGCUCGCUGCGUUGUCUCAGCGCAAGAACCGGCUACACUUGGUUCCAGUACUUACGCUCAUAGCUAACCAGCGACGUGCUAUGCUGGACGCGUCAUAUCAGCCAACGUCGCACCAUCGUGAGCUUAUGAAUGUGAAUCCGGCGGCGAUGACGACGCAAAUGGCAUCGUAUUUACGCGCUACCAAUGAGUUUGGCGGGCUUAAUGGAGCUCGUUAUCAUUCACGAGUAGCAGGAGAUGAUGAGCAGAUGAGUACGCUCGAGUUUGCACCGGGAAUCGGUCGAAUUAUGUGUGUCAGGUGGUGGAGAUCGCUCAACGGCAAAAAUUAUUGUCUAGUAGGAGGAACUGAAAGCUUGAUAUCAAUUGUUAAUGUUGAAGAGAAUGCAGAGGAAUGCAGAUGUGAGCUUGUGAAUGCAGGAACAAUUCUAAGCAUUGAAUUAAUGCAGGAGAAUUUUAAGAAGGAGCGCCGAACGUCUAUGUUAGUAAAAAGCGCGACAAAUGGUAUUGAUGAAAAGGAAAAGAAAGCUGGGAAGGCGGGAAUAAAGUACUAUCGAGUAGUUUUAGAAAAAAAGUUUCAAUCACCAAAGAAGGCAGAUACGAAUGACGAAAAGAAAUUUUUGAGUUCAACACUUAAAGUUGAGACAACGAGUGGGCAAGCCUCAUCUUCGAGCGAGACAAAUUUUAAGACGACAGGUAAUAGCGGAGGGUCGGUGAGCUCGCUAGGUCAGUCAAGAGCGCCUAAUUUUGUUAUCAAGACGUUUCCGCAGCACUUUUUGGAGGAGAUGGAUUUUCGUCCUCAACGUGUCAAAAAAAACUUACCACAUGUGAAUCUGUACCCAAUUAACGGAGUUCUGAGUUCCGAGUCAUCACUGGCGUUAUAUGAUUGCAAGCAACAAAAAGUGAGCAUUUAUUCAAACUUUCAUUGGAGAGUCAAAGGUGAGUUUGAGGUUCCUGACCUUCGACCAGUGUUGCUCGCAGAUAUAAAGGAGCAUCGUUAUAGUCAAAGCAAUGUAAGUCACCCACAGGUGGAAAUGAAGGCUGUUGAGGAUGACGACGAAGUUGUGGAUGUGGACUUGACGCACUGCUCGAUGGAUUUAAUGUUGCUCCAAGGACGUAUGUCAAAGUCGAGCAAGUCGGUCUCAACAUGGGUCUCCCUUCCAUCAAACCAAGGAACGGACGAAAAUUUUGCUCGUGCACACAUUGUACAUUAUUUAUCAUUGCAUGGCAACGAAAGAGUCGAGCGCGUGGUCCAAAGCACAGCACAUAAUUGCCAAAUAUUGAGUCAAGGAGGUGCGAGCGGUGCAAUAGGCGGCAAUCACUCAAGUGACGCAGAAAUCAUAUACAUUCUCCAAACAAAACACCAUGUGUAUGAAUGUCGACCACAAUGGUCCCGUUUGACGCUCUUCAAGGCUCUGUGUGCUCGCAAGAUCACGCUUCGUGAUGCCUUAUCAAUUGGUUACGCACUUCAUAUUGACAUGGCAUCACUCUGUCAAGUAGUUGCUGAUACUUUGCAUACCAGCGUACUUGACGGUAGAACAAAUGCAAAUGAUCAAUUAAUUGAGUGGGUUUGCGAGCUUCUUAAAGUUUCCCGCGUUGUUCCGUCUGAUGCUGUCGAGCAGCUGACUGCGAUGGGUGGGGUGCAGUGUGCAAUUGAUUAUGCCCAGAACGUGCUUGCAAAACCUUCCAGCAAUGCUAGACACGAUGAAUCCGAGCGACAGCAGGUAGCCUUUUUGCUAUUCAAGUUGGUUCUUCAGCAGCAGCUACAAGUAGAUCCGUCAGAUAAUUCGGAAACAGAUCAACCUCGCUGUUCUCAAAAAAGCCAGAGUCUAGCGCGAGAAGCGUGGCUCGUGAAUUUCUUAAAGACCAAUGACGAUUACAUAACAUCCGAAAUUAUGGAUCUCUGUCUUUCCCAGCAGAACAUAGAUAAGGCGAUCCUUGUAGCAAUUGAACGGGAUGAGGUACCUCAAGUGAUUGACAAGAUUGUAAGGAAUGGGUUAACUGCGGGAGUAUCCGAGAAAAUGGUGCGUUUGUUGAUAAGAUCGGGUCACAGUUUUGCACUUACUUCACCCGCCAGUCGCUUGAUACUACGGUCAUGUCCGAUCCAACUUCAAGUAGAAGUUCUCUUGGCGUACCCACCUGCAAUUGUUCAGCAACGAGACUGGCUGUUGCGUAAUUUAGCUGCAGUUACACCAGAGCUUUGCCGUCAGCUCGCUGGCAAGAUUGAUCCUACUCAGCCGGACAGAGACGCGUAUACACUUUCUGCAACAAAAGAGGAAAGGUCAUCAGCAAGACCAAAGAUGCAAUCUGACGUAUCGACGUCUGAAGUGAUAAAAGCAGCACCAGAGGAUCAAGUGGAGCUUUAUCUCACUCUCCUGCUGCAUUUGAAUAGUACAGCAUGUCAAUUUCAGGAACAAAACGCUCAAUUGGAAGCAGAAAGUGAAAACAGGUUUUCUCAAGCAAGGCUGGAGUUGCUAAUGAAGAGCUUGGCAACGCAAUAUCGGCCACCUAUCAUGGUGUCUCGGUGUGUUGAUUACGACAACUGGACCGCGGCAGCCUGCAUUUAUGAAGCUCACGGUGAAUUAGUAGAAGCACUCGAAUGUCGCUUACGUUCACAAUCACCGCAAAAAGUACAAACCUUGAAAACCACGCAGUCAUGUACGACACCUCAGCAAUACAAACGAUGUCCCCAAGAGCAAAUGCGCGGGGAAUUAUUGGAGCUACUGGAUUCACUGGUCGUGCAACGUCACACCUCCAGUAUGGAUUCCGACCAAAUACGCGCAGCCAUUCUCGCUCGAAUUCUUGUCAAAUGGUUCGACUAUGGCCUGGAGCGCAUUGCGCUGGAAGAAUUUCUGUGUGAUCCGAAUGUCUUUCAGCACGUAUCGUCAUUACUGGCUCAGAUUUUUUUCUCUGAUAUAGUAAAUUCUAUUUCAUCAGUGGGACUAGCAGCAAAAUUUACAGUAAAUGGAUGCUCAUAUUUCGAUGAUCGCGACCUGGAAUGGGUGCACAAGUGCCAGCAGCUAUCUUUCUCGGGCCAAUUUAUCUUCCGCGUUUGUGUAUCAUUUCUUGAAAAUGGUAACGACGAGUCCAGAAUAUUGGAUACACAGAGCUCGGAGCCGUCGCCUUUGAAGUUGCUGGAGCUCGUCACAAACAACAUCAUUGAAAAUGAUUUAUCGCAUCGUAAGGUAUCUAUAACUCCCCAUUCGGCCCAAGCUCUUGGCAAGACCGACCCACUCGAGACUCACGUUAAGGUUUUUACGUGCAGUCAUUUGUUUCCAAAGCGUGUGUUUGAAGAGGAGGUGGUGCCAGAAUUCGAAAAGCGCAUGAAUGCGCUACCCAUGCCUCUCUUUGCAACCAAACAAGCGUUUAUCCGCGAAUUCAAGCGAGGUUCGAGUGAGACGCCAUGUCCAGUGUGCAGCUUUAACAAAAUCAGUCAGGUCGUCUUCCAGCACUUCAAGACAAAACACGGCGCUGCCGGACAUAAGUCCCCGAUUCGGUCAAUACACCGUCAGCAGCAGAAUAACAAGGUGCAGUAUUACUAUCUACAUCAAAAGACCGGCGAUCGUCUUGGCGGAGCUACCAAAGUGCUGCCGUUAAACAACGAAAUUUGGGAAUGGAGUUACGUUGAGGGUUAUCAAAAGUCACGUGAUUCAUGA